UUUGCCGUCAUGGGCACCGUGCACGCACGGAGUUUGGAGCCUCUUCCAAUGGGUGGGCCAGAUUUUGGUGCCUUGGGAGAGGAAGCUGAACUGGUUGAAGUUGAACCUGAGGCCAAGCAGGAAAUUCUUGAAAACAAAGAUGUGGUGGUUCAGCAUGUGCACUUUGAUGGACUUGGAAGGACCAAAGAUGAUAUUAUCAUGUAUGAAAUUGCUGAUGUUUUCAAGGCGAAAAAUCUCAUUGAUGUGAUGAGAAAAUCGCAUGAAGCUCGUGAAAAUUUGCUUCGCCUUGGAAUCUUUAGACAGGUAGACGUUCUGAUUGAUACCUGUCAGGGAGAUGAUGCCCUUCCAAAUGGUUUAGACGUAACCUUUGAAGUAACAGAAUUGAGAAGACUAACUGGAAGCUAUAACACUAUGGUUGGCAACAAUGAAGGCAGCAUGGUACUUGGGCUUAAAUUCCCAAAUCUCUUUGGGCGUGCAGAAAAGGUAACCUUCCAGUUUUCCUACGGAACAAAGGAAACUUCCUACGGCCUGUCAUUCUUCAAACCACAGCCUGGAAAGUUUGAAAGAAAUUUUUCAGUUAACCUCUAUAAAGUAACUGGGCAGUUUCCUUGGAGCUCUCUUCGUGAAACUGAUAGAGGAAUUUCCACAGAAUUUAAUUUUCCAAUCUGGAAGACCAAUCACACACUGAAGUGGGAGGGUGUGUGGAGAGAGCUUGGCUGCCUUGCUAGAACAGCAUCUUUUUCUGUUCGAGAAGAAAGUGGACACUCUCUUAAAUCUUCUCUCUCUCAUGCUAUGGUUAUUGAUUCCCGGAACUCUUCGAUUUUGCCAAAACGAGGUGCUUUGCUAAAAAUUAAUCAGGAGUUGGCUGGCUAUACAGGUGGAGAUGUGAGCUUUCUGAAAGAGGAUUUUGAGUUUCAGCUGAAUAAGCAACUGCUCUGGGAUUCGGUUUUCUCAGCAUCGCUUUGGGGUGGAAUACUAGUGCCUAUUGGAGACAAGCCAUCCAGUAUAGCUGACAGGUUUUACCUUGGUGGACCAACAAGCGUGCGUGGAUUCAGUAUGUACAGCAUCGGGCCCCAGAGUGAAGGUGAUUAUUUGGGAGGAGAAGCCUACUGGGCUGGUGGCUUGCAUCUAUAUACCCCUCUCCCUUUCCGGCCAGGCCAGGGAGGGUUUGGAGACCUUUUCCGAACACAUUUUUUCCUUAAUGCUGGAAACCUCUGCAAUCUUAACUAUGGUGAUGGUCCCAGAGCUCACCUGCAGAAACUGGCAGAGUAUAUUCGAUGGUCUUACGGUGCUGGAAUCGUGCUCCGACUUGGAAACAUUGCCAGAUUAGAACUUAACUACUGUUUCCCCCUGGGAGUACAGUCUGGUGACAGGAUAUGUGAUGGUGUUCAAUUUGGAGCAGGAAUUAGAUUUCUAUAAUUCACAAACAUUUUACAUCAGUAUAUGAAAUUGUGCUCUGUAAUUGAAAUCAAGACUAUAAAAUAGCUUGAUGUGGUCUAACUUUUUCCUUGAACUAUGGAUACACAUUGGAGUGAUUUACCCUUCAGACUCUACCAGAAACUACAUUAAAGAAUUAUGCUGUAAAGGUUCAUUGUACUCUGAUU